GGGAUGCCGUUGAGGCGACCGUCGUCAACCAACAACAAGCAGCGCCACCCGGAGAAAAGCAUGUUAGCAAACCAGUAGUAUUUCUGUCUGCAGCACCGAGCGAUUUUAAACUUCCUACCGCGGCACCACUAUCGAAAAAGGACAAAGAGGGCCACUACCAGCCUCCGGUAGAUUCCAACUCUUGCAGCUCUGCAGCCGAUGUGAAUAAUCUGCUGGUAAAGCCGCACACAGAGCAGCCGGUUGACUCCAAGGCGCGAGUCCUCGCUUUGGGUGAAGCCAAACCAAGCUGUUGGGCCGACCUCUACUACCACCUAAUCACAUCACGUGGGCUAAAGACAGAUGAAGAGAAGGUGCGGGCCAUCUUCAGCUGGUUGUGCUCCAAAUCGCCCGAAGAAAUCCCCUUCCCACAGCCAGAGGCUGCAGACGGACCGAAGGCAAAGAAGCAUAAGCAGGAUCAUCCACUGGACUCGCCGGACGUCGUUUUGCCGAAACUGGCGAACGGAACUGCAAACUACGUUCAGGCCUUUGAAUCGAUGUGCCGAUACUCGGGUAUUCCCUGUGUGACAGUACGCGGCAUUGCCAAGAGCGUGGACUACAAAGUCGGCCAACCGUUGUUGCAGCCAAACGAACCUCUCUUCCAUCCCGAGACUGGAGCUCUUCCCCCUCUGAUUGCUUCUCUGCAGCAUUCUUGGAACGCGGCCUGCCUAGAUGGUAAAUGGUACCUCUUUGACUGCACUUGGGCAGCUCAGCGUUUGGCCGUUCGCGGUCAAAAUGCCACCAGCACCACGCCGACCACCCCCAACAGCGCCACUGCGAAGGCGGCUGCGACGCUGCAGUAUGAGACAGAUAUGUUUUACUAC